AGCUCCAGCCAGUACUGUAAAGCAAUUUAAAAUUCCAAUUCGGCAACACCCUUCAUUGUCAUGACGGAAAAGCACCACUCUCUACUGAAGGUCAGGAUUGUUCCUCACCCAGGACAUGCUGCGAGACCGAAGGGCCCUCAGGUUCGGUCUGGGGCUAUUAAAGAUCGUGCUUCUGCUGGAUUCGCCUGUCGGACAUCAUCAUCGACCAGGAGACGGCCCUUCUUGCCGCACGAUACCAAAUCACCACGGUCCCGAAUGGGCGAGAAACUAGCGGUUUUUCUAGCCCUGAGCGCCGGAAACAUCCUGACGCAGAGUAACGGAAGCAGUGCAGUCAAAGAUGGACGGUGGGACGGAGUAGUUGGGGACGUGCCAGAGAAGUCGCAAACCGGAGCUGCCUCCGCAACUGGUUGCCCCACGAGUACUCAGUCCCUUUGUCAAAAAGCGCGCACGAACCGUUUCGGCAACUCGCAUCGGGAUAGAAGGCUUCGCAGCACAACAUCCCCUAAAAAUAGCUGCGACCGUCGUGGUCACACAUACAGACAACGAGCGGUCUAGUUUUGGUUUUGUUGCAGGCGAGCAGAAGACAGCACAAAGCGUGGAAGGCGCGUCUUUUUUGUUCAGUGCCGUCGCAGCGUCCCAGCCCGAAUACCCGGAUGUGGAUCGUGCCACGGAGGACCAUGAGCGACGAACCGAUAAACAGAAUUCGAUGAAACAGCUGCCGCUAGGAGGCGAACAGGAGCAGCUGGGGGGGCAGCAGGAUGGGCAGCAGGAUGCUCUACCGCCCUGGGAGCAGCGUCUGCAGCAGUUGGAGCUCUUGGUCCAUCGGCAAGCGACUGAAAUUGCGGCACAGAAGGCGCAGAUUCGCGAGCAGGGCGCACAGCUCGAGGUCAUGCGCACGACUGACGCGCGACUGGAAAACGCGACCUCGACAACACAUGCGGAUGUCUCAGAUCUUCGCAAAGCGACUGUCCAAAAAGUUCGCACAAUUCGCGAGGUAGGGACGAUCGUCGAGCUAGUAACGCAGUUUCUGCUCGCGUACGACCUUGCGCUGCGAAAAGUCGACUGGAUUUUCUCGGCGGUGCUGCUCAUGCUGGGGUAUGGAGCGAUUUUAUUUUUAAUCGGUAUCGCGCUUCCAAUCAAAAUGGUGUUCUUCCCAGAGACGUUGAUCCUUCCGAAAUGGGAACCACCUACAUUAUCUACAGGCUCGCGGCCUAGAGGAGAGGGGGGAGCGCGGCCACUUAGUGAACAAGAUCAUCGCGAAGGUGAAGCAGUAGAACAAGAACGAGAUGACGGACCCGUUGGCAGCCUCGAGUUGUACGUGAUUCUACCCUGGGACUUUUUCUACGCGGGGACGCUGUCUGCCGUCUGCCAGCGCGCGGAAAGCAGCGAAGGGCGCGUUUGGACGGCCUGCCUGAUUGUGCACACGGUCUGUGUGCUGCUAUCGCGCUACACAUUGGUCAUCUAUAACCGGGUUUGCAGUAACUUCUAUUGGAGCUGGAGGUCCCAGGAGAAGGGUUGGGAGGAGAACACGUGGGAAGGUAUCGUGGGGAAUACAUUCAACCUGGACGUGAUUGCGACGGAGCAUCUGAGCCAUAUCGCUGGGCGAGUGCUGUGGCUCACUCUUCCUUCCGUGUGCAUGUUUCUAACCGCGGCUGUUCCUGGCGCGUCAUACCUUCUUGAUGACGAGGAGGGAGAGGACGAGAAACGGUUACCGCACCCCCGCACGGACCAGGGCGAAGUGGCGCUCUCGCCGAUGCAACUCGACGGGCAGCAUGCGGAACGUGUGGCGGCUGGAGGGUCCCCGGUGCAGGUGCAGGAUCUAGCCUUCACGAAGAUGCAUUUGAAGAAGAACUACUGGUUUAUGAGUUUCAUCCAUCUCAUUGUGGCUCCGGUGGGCAUGGCAACGCUUUUGAUUUUCGAGACAUUGCAGUUUACCGGGGAGGGGUUCGGUUUCGGGGAAGCAUUGUUUGGAAUGUCCGACGAGAUGACGGAGGGUGAUUGGCAGUUUUUUUUCGCGACGCCCGUUGGGUUGGCGGCUGCGAAAUGCGACGAUCACAGCAUCAUGCAAAGAGCGAUGCUUCAACUUUUCCCAACCUGCUAUCGGCUACGCGCGGUCUGCCUGGUUUCAGGCUGGAUCUGCGCCGUGUUAUUCAGCGCAUUGCUCAUGGUCCUCCAAGCCGGCAACUUGGGAGACAGAAAGUCAGCCCUGUUUAGGGAUUCGACCGCGAACAAGGGAAACAAGAACAACAUCGAUGAACCAGCGGCGCACCAGGACCCACAGCUGCGCGGGCGCGUGGUACCGAAGAGCGCCAGUCUGCUCCUUCCUCGAGCGGUUUUCACUUUUGAGAUUCUGGCCAUGCUGUUCACGUUCGCAAUGCCGUUCUGGCCGAUGAUCACGGACGUGAGCCGGUCUCUUUCAGGACGCGGCAUCGGUCUCAAGAACACGCUGGGCAAAGACCCUUUCGGAACGCUUGACAAGCAGGUCGAUGGAAUCUUCUUCACAGUGCAGUCCCAGCGACCGAUGUGCGGUACAUUUUUUGACGCCGUUUGGAGAUACGAAGAAUGCAACGGUGUGGCACCUGCGGACAGGCGGUGGUACGCGAUGACUCAGGAACAGCGUUUGCCACUCGGGUUCUUCUCAGAGUUACCUGUGGCAUCCGAUCCCCUUAGGGGUUUUGGCACGUCGAAUUACACAUUCGACAAGACGCUUAUGAAGUGAAUGGCAAUGAGUUUGAAACCACACUUCAACUCAAUCAUGGAAUUUUAUUUACGCAGAUCUUGGUUGUUAUAUAUGUGUAAAUCUAAAUCUUCUAAGCCGACGACGAGGUGCGUCGACUACGCGUAGGUACGUGACGCUAGCGUAUAGGCCGGUGAUGACAACGUCGUGGUCGUGAAUCCGAACGAAGAACGGAACGAAGGAAAUUUUUUCUGUGCUUGCUGCAACCAAGAAUAAACAAGCGAGACCGUAAAAAU